UUGCUUGUGAAUGCAUAACCACAUAAAUCAAUUAUCGUGAUUGGCUGUUAUGAAGUGGAGGCAAUAAUUUCUCCCUUCCUGAUAGCGGAUGAUGCGAAUCCGAGCCCGACAAGCAUAGCCUUUUACGGUGCAAAAGUCUCCAGAUUGUAAGAGCAGCAGUGGCUGUCACUUGCCGAGAUGGAUGAUCUGGCCGAUUUGAGAUCCUGGAGAGGAUCCAGGCGAUAACUUUUAUUCCCCUUCUCUGUCGUGCGGGCGCAGGAGUCUCCAGUGGCUAUUUUAUUUAGUCACCUCCGAUUGUCCCCCUUGUCUAAAUAACACGGAUUGCUCGCGCCAGAUCCGGCGAGAGAGAAGGACAGAUGGGGGCUUUCCAAUCCCAGCCCUCACAGACCAAGACUUCCAUCCAUCAAUUCACGGUCAAGGAUAGCAGCGGCAAGGACGUGGAUUUGGGGAUUUACAAGGGGAAGGUGCUUCUCGUCGUCAAUGUUGCCUCCAAAUGUGGGUUCACGGAAAGCAACUACACCCAAUUGACUGGGCUCUACAACAAGUAUAAAAAUAAAGAUUUUGAAAUUUUAGCAUUUCCAUGCAAUCAGUUUUUGCGACAAGAACCCGGGACAAACCAGGAGAUAAAGAGUUUUGCUUGUACAAGAUACAAGGCUGAGUAUCCAAUUUUCCAAAAGGUUCGAGUAAAUGGUUCAGACACAGUGCCAGUUUAUCAAUUUCUUAAAGCAAGCAAAUCUGGUAUAUUGGGUUCUCGAAUAAAGUGGAAUUUUACCAAGUUUCUAGUUGAUAAGGAGGGCAAAGUGAUUGGUCGAUAUGCGCCAACAACUUCCCCAUUGUCCAUUGAGAAAGACAUCCAGAAAGCACUUGGAGAGACUUAGCAGUCUUCUGUUGAGACUGGGGAAAGAAUGGUCUUCUGUUCAGACUGGUGUACCACCAUUUGCUUGAAUACAUGCAUACCUUACUCCUAUGUUCAUAUGACUGUUUGACCAUCAUUUUGUGCUUUUGACUUUUGUUAUCUGUAAAUAGAGUUGCUUUUAUGGUUUGGUUUUCUUACAGGCUUUAAAGUAUCUUGUGCUCCUGUCGUAGAGAUGUAUAUGCUUGAGUUUGUGAACUGUCAAAUGUCAGUGACCUGAGUUUGGUUUUGGUAUAUUUUGAAAGCUGAAGCCAAUAAAUGGAUGUAAAUUGAACCAUAUCCCAGCAUCCAUUGCAUUGCAUCUUUUUACUGAAUGGGAGUCCCCAGAAAGUAGGACACCGAAAUAUUUAUUUCAUUUCCUUUCAA